GACAAAAACAAAUAGAAUGUUUUUGAGAAAAGGUGGUUUCAUAAUGUAAUUAAUCGAUUUUAAUAAUAAUAAUUUAUAUUUCUUCGGUCUAAUAGCUCUUGUGAUAGUAGCAGUUGAGCUUAUUAAAAUGGAUAUUUUUGCUACUGUCUUUCUGGCCUGUAUUUCAGUAUUAUUCGGAAUAAUUUUAACUUUAGGUGUACAGUAUUAUAUUUUGUAUGUUUAUUUAAAAAAGAGCCCAAUAGCAAAGCCUUCAGUAACAAAAAAUUCAGUUGACUACAACCUACCGCAGGACAUAAAAAAACAAAUAGAAUCUGAAGAUGUGACAGACCAAAGAAAAGGAGCUAGUCUGCCUAUUAGUUUAGUUUUACAGUUUUUAUUCCACGAAUUGAGGCAUUCAGAAUAUAUUAAACGGUGGCUCUAUAAGAAAUUGAGCCUAGAAUUUGAUGAACUUUUAACAAAAACUACAAUAGGAAAAUUUUUUGAUAGCAUUACAAUUAGGGAUAUGCACCUAGGGACAGAAUUUCCUGACAUAAAAGAAAUCACUAUAGAUACAGUCAAAUUAGAUAAGAGGGAAGGUUAUAUUGAAACUGUGAGUUUAUGCCUUGAUUUGGAUUACACAGGAAAUUUUUUAUUAAGUGUUGAUGCCAAAAUGAAAUUUGGAAAAACCGCUUAUCUGUCUAUAAAAGUGAAAAGAAUAAGUGGACAAGCAAGACUUCAGUUUUCCAGACAACCCUACACUCAUUGGUCAUUUAGUUUUUUCUCUGAACCCCUUUUAAAUUUGCAAGUAGAAUCUCAUUUUCAAGGAAGGCAACUACAAUCUAAUAUAACAAAUCUCAUUGUGAAUCAGAUCAAAAAAGCAAUUAAGAGAAAGCAUACUUUGCCAAACUACAAAUUAAGAUACAAACCAUUUUUUGUCAAAACGGAUCCAUGUCAGUUGGAUGCAGAAGACAACGAAAUAGUUCCUCAAGGACAAUUGGAAGUCACCUGUGUUGAAGUGUCAAGACUCUCCUUACCUCCCCUCAUUCAAAAUGUUUAUUGCACAAUGGCAGUGGAUUUAAUACCUUGGAUCUCUAUAUAUCAUAAAGAUGACAAUGUAUAUAUGACACUUGAAAUAACCAUGACGAAAGUUCGACAAGCUCAACUAGGUGUAAUUUUUAAACAAGAACAAGGAUUGGUUUUAGUUGAUAGCGUCACACCCCAAAGUACGGCUUACAAGUCGGGCCUAAGGCAAAAUGAUAUAGUACUUGCCGUAGAAAACCGUACGGUUCAAUCGGUACCUCAAGUUGCAAAGUUUAUCAAAUCCAUAUCAGCUGCUAAUGUUACUUUGAAAGUGGAAAGGUUGGCUGAAAAUUACAGUAUCAAAUCAAAGUAUUCAGAGGAGACUGAAAUCAAGGUAACUUGUCCUACACCGGAACUGCCGGAAGAGACUGAAUUAACCCAAACUGAACAAGAAAAUUUUAUUAUGAUUGAAGCGCCUAAAGAUACAAAAAAGAGAGUACCGAAAAUCAUACCAACAAAUGAGAAUAUGACAAAAUUAGCUCAAACUAUUGGAAAUUUUAGUUUGAGGAAACGGAAGACAUCUCUUUCUGAAACUGGAAGCGCCAAAAACACGCCAACAUCAAGUAAUCCCAGUACACCACAACAUUCCAAUCUUAAACAUCAAGCCAAUCAAACCACAUUUUUGAUAAAGAAAACCUCAAUGCCGGACUUACCAGAAAUAACAAGAACGGAUAUAGAAAGUAAUUGUGUAGAAGUUCCGUUAAAUACAGAAGUCCAUAGAAGCAAAGAACUUCAGGUUGGUACAGUACUUCAGUUCAACGAAGAUUUUCAGUUUUCUCUGAAAGAUUCUUUAAAAUAUCUCAAUAUAAACGUAUGGGGAACGAUUGCUGAUGAAAAAGAUGUUUUACUAGGUUACACCAACAUACCACUUAGCCACGUUCUAGGAGAAUGUUGUAAUAGCUUUUUAGGUAAUUAUAUGCGAUGCUAUUCAUUUUUGCCGCCGAACAACAUAGUCCCAAACAAUCAGACUCAUCCUCUUCUGUUGCAUUCGGGCUUCGAACAUGUUUUUUGUUAUGGUGACAUUCUACUGACAUUUGUAUGGACACAUGACGAGGAUAUCGAACUGAAACAAAAGAUAUCAGAAAAUCACUUUACCGAGGAUGUUAAACCUGAUGAAUCUCCCAGUGGAAUGCAACACGAUUUUGUUAGGACACAAUUCCAUAGAACGACUCAUUGUGAUUUUUGUUCAAAAAAGAUAUGGUUGAAGGAUGCAGUACAGUGCAAGCAAUGUGGUUUGUGUUGUCAUAAAAAAUGCAUAGUAAAAUGUCAGAUGAGUAAUGGCUGCAAUCCAAACUCAAAAACUGAACAUUCCUCUUCUGAAGGACCCGAAAUUGCUAUGACCGAUAUAGGUGAAGAGAUAACUGAGUCAAAACCACUUGGAAAUGGCAUCAAAAGAGUUAAUAGUGUUAAUAAUUUAGCCAUCCCAGGAUCUCCAUUCAUAGGUUGUACUUCAAGAAGUUUGCCACCGUCCCCCCAACGAACUCCAAGUAGAAAACAAUCUUUGGUAAUCGUAAAUCCGUUUUUAAUGUGUCCUGAAGUUCUUGAAGAAGUUCAGAAGAACCCGGCAGAAGCUUCAGAUUGCAUUAAUAGAUUAUUGGAUCAGAUUAUGUCGUGUCCUAAUGAUGAGACGUUAAUGGAUGCUGCCAAAGAGACUGGAAGACAAAUGUAUCUACACAUGUCGCACGAAGAAAAAGUUGAAAAAAUUAAUCUAAUUAUGACUGAACUGAAAAAGACUCUAGAUUCGGUUACAAUGGAACAUAUGGAUCUUUCGAAACAAAUAGGAUCAGAGGAAUCGGAGGUCGAAAAAGCGAAAUUAGCUUUUUUAAUGGGAAAAGCAGACGCAAAAGUUCACGGACUAUCAGUGUUGAUGUUGCAUUACUGUUCCAGUCUGCAACAUACCCAAGAGAAAAUUAUUUAAAUAUAUCAAGAUUUUCUGUUAUAAUGAAAAAACAUAGUCAAUAUUUCUUACUAAAAAGAGUGUUGGUAUGGUUGAUCUGACAUUUUCAACUUUUAACACCAAACUUUCAUAUGUGAUAUAUUGAAAAAUGAUCCAAAUCGUACUGCAAUAACAAUGAGUUAGAGCUUUGCGUCCUAGAAAAAAGUACCUAGAUUGUUUUUUAGAGCCAUUUACUUCUGGAACUAUCAUUUUAGGUCUAAGAGUUAAUAAUAAAAUAAGUGAAUUGUUCAUUUUCUGCAUUCUAAAUUCCGUAUUUAUUAUUUUAAUUUGUAUAAGUAUUUUUACAUUAUUGCUCUAUUAAAACAUAAUUAUUUCUAUUCACAAUUCUAUAUUAUCUUGCUCUUAUAUAUUAUCAAAAAGUUUUGGUGAUUAAAAGUUUAAGAAGUCAAAGAUUUGGUAAAGUGAAUUUCACUAAUAUAUAUAGUGUAAAUAGUAAUAGUAAAUCAUCCCCAUACUAUAUAUUUCUAGUUAUUGAUUAAUGAGAAAAGGUACAAAUUUUUCACAUGUUACCAUAUUGUUUUAUUGAUUCAGUCUGGUAAUGUAAUGUACUUCUUCAACCAUAGUAGUUGAUUUUAUUUAUUCAGUUAGUUUUGUCCAAUAGCCCUGGCUUUUAUUUAUUGGAUGUAGAUGUUCCAGGACAAUUGUAAUUUGAUAAAAAUGAUGUGCGGCUUAUAGUAACAGCGACCAAAACUCACUUUUAUUACAAUCUUACAAUAAUCUUCAUAUGUUUGACUUUUCAUUACUAAAUAUCUGUAUAACUAAAAUGUUUUAAUCAAUUUUCUCAAAAGUAACCCUGGAUAUCCACUUAUCUGAAUGUUGAAACCAUAAUUGGGAGCAGGUCUCCUUCUUUGCACAUUAUUUCACAAAUUUUCUAAUCUCCUAAUUGAAUUUAAAAUUUGAACUUGUUUCCUUUGAAACAGAUUGAUUGCACUACAGAAUUAUAAUCAGAAAAUAAUGAUCAUGACCUUAAUGUUCUAUUUUGAUUAAUGGACCCUAUUAGGGUUGAAUAUGUCACUGUUUUUCCAUUCAAAACUCUAAAUUUUUGUCUUGGACCCAAAACAAUCCUUAUUCCCAAUUUUAAUUUCCAGUGUCAAUUAUGGGAAUGAAUUUCGGAUCCUCCUCAAACAAUCAUCAAAUUAAGUACAAAUUAAUUUUGUUUCAUUUCUGUUCAUUAAACGAAAAGUCUUCAUGAUGUAAAAACACAAAGAAUAGAUGCGUAUGUUACCCACUCAAAAUAAGUAACUGGCGUGACAAGUGAAAAAGCGAGCGGUGGGGUAUUCGGAUUAGAAGGAGUUCGGAGUAAAGAUGUUCAACUGUAUUACUGUUAUAGACCGUUGAAGAGGCUCCUGCUUUUUUUCUGACUCAUUACUUUAAACGAUAUUCAAGUAAAUUAAUUGGGUAACAAAUGAGACGUAAACUCCUUAUCCAUCUAACCAUCAAUAUGUGUAUGUAUGUAUUGGUGAAAUACACUGUAAAUAUUAAAUCUCGUAGAUGAUCUGCACUUACAGCAAAAAACGAUGAGCACAUUCUUGUAUUAUAGUUUAAAAACUUAUAAUUAUAGGAUACAGUACUUAUUUAGAACACAAAUACAAAGAGUUUUUAUUUCUUUUUAUAUUUUAUUGAUAAGAUUUUUAGAAAGCUAAUUUUUACUUUAUUAUUUAAUUCGCACAUAAUAUAAAGAGUAUACAUGCAUUACAAUUUUCAUAUAUUCGCUUUCGACAAUUAAAUAGUUGGCAACAAUAGCAACAAUAUUGGUCACUUCGUUUUUUUAUUAUCACAUUUGUAUAUUUACAAUCUACACCACAUGUGAGUAUUAAGUAAAUCAGUUGUCUGUAUUUAACUUAAAGGGAACCAUUCAUUGAUGCUACUCCUUAUAUUCUAUUUUUCAAAGUUGUGGUAGGUCCUGGAGUCCAAGUUCUACGUAGUCUUCUCGUUUGUGAACUGUUAGUGGAUAGUUCUUCUAUUAGCUCGUUGUCAUGGUUUGCCAUGUUGAUGUAUGUUAUGGCUAUACGCUUUAUCUCAUUUUUAACGUAGGGAAUGUUGAAAUCAGUCUGGAGGGUAUGAUUACUAACAUACCACGGAGCGUCUGGUUUCUUAGUGUUUUGAAUUGAAACCUUUGUAUUAUGUUGAUCACAGUAGUUGUAGUUGUAGCCUCAAUGUGUUUUUACCAGGUAAGUCGCUGAUCUAGAUGAAGGCUGAGGUAUUUGGUUUCAGUUCCUAUGGGUGUUCGUAUGGUGUGCAUAGUUACUGGAGGGCAUAUAUUAUGACGCAUGGUGAAGGUGACUUGUAUUGAUUUAGAUCUUAGUCCGCUAUUUGAUGUACCACUCAUUAAGCAGGUCGAUAUGGUUUGGUAAAUCUUCAGUAGCUGUUAAUAGGUCGUCGGUUGUAGCUAAGUCAGCUACAUUAUCAGCGAAUGAAACCAUUUUAGUGUUGUUGGUUACUGGUAUAUCUGAUGUAUAUAUAAGGAAAAGCAGUCCAGAUUUAAUAGGAAAGAAAUUAGAUUUCUGGUCUGAAAAUCUUACAGAAAAGGUCCUAAUCGAUAAGUAUGAUUUGAAGAGAAGGUAGUAAUUACUUGAAAGGCAGUUUUUUAAUUUAAGACCCCUGUGCCACUCCUUAUCGAAGGCCUGAGAGAUGUCUAGGAAUACCGCAUUACAAGUAGGAGCCGUUCGAGGACUUUGCUUACUGUAGUACAUUUUAGUCGGAGUUGGAGGUUGAGGUUGUCUUCUAAGUAGUAGCGAAAUUGAUUCAAUUUUGUAUUUUUUGAGUUUAGCUAAGAAGGAUGUGCCCUUUUGAUAAUUGUUGUUCUUAUACUAGUUAUAACAGGAGUGUGAUCAGAACUAAGGUCAAAGUUAGAUUCUACGAUGCAGUCGUUUCUUGACACUCCUUUGUUAUAAAGAAGUCCAGGAGGUCAGGCAGUUUCAUGAGGUCACUUGGCCAGUAAGUAGGGACUCCGUUGGAUAGGUAAUCGUAGUUAUUAUCUGUCAUUGCUCGCAGUACAUUUCGUCCUUUUGUAGUAAUGCGUCUGGAACUUCAGUGCGUAUGUUUGGCGUUCCAGUCACCACCUGCGAUAAAUUUGUAUUUUGUUUGUUUGAAAUUUUUGUAAUUCACGGUGGGGGAUAUUCCUGCGAAUUAUUACUGCUGAACCUUCGUGAGCAGUACCAUCUGGUUGAGAAGUGUGAUAAUGGAGUAUUGUGGGAUUUUGAAUACUGUUAGGGUAGUGAAGUGCAUUUCUGAUACAAGCAAUAUGUCCAUUUUUUUUAGAUCUAGACCUGCCUUUUACAAUUCAGCUUUGAUAUCUUCGGGUGGUAUAGAGUAGUGAAAAUGUCUUAUGUCUUUAAAAUAUCUUAUCAAAUUUCUGUAGGUUUCUUCUGUGUGAGCUGAGAUCUUAACAAUUUCAUUGGGUAGGGAUUUGCUGUAAUACGUUUUGGUUUUGCAGUUGGUUGGUGGUGUGUUGGGGGUCCCGGGAUCUCUUUUUGGUUUAUCUCGUUUGCGUUUUCUGACUUGUUGCCAUGUGUUCUUUUGAUUAGAUUCUUCGUUGGUAAGGAUGCUUUCUUGAUCACUGAAGUCUACAUCUGUUACAAUAUUUUGCGAAUGGGGACGAAUGUUAAGUAUGGGUGGUUUAAGGACAUAAUUUUCAGAGACUACUGGAAUUUUGACUUUGAUUAUAUUUUAAAAGUCUCGAAAAUGAAUUGUGGCUUAACUAAGAAAGGCGUUAGGGAAUUAGCAUGUAAAUACGCUGAAGCUAACUACAAAAAAAUCACAGACACUUGAAAAGACAUAGUCAGGGUGAAAACUCCUUGUCGUCAAUUAGAAAGCCCGAAGCUACAAGUCUUUUCCGAUCAACCAGUUUUAACAAAGUAAAUGUCAAAGCUUUUUUUGACAACGUGGAAAAUGUUCAUAACAGGUUUGGCCUAUUUCUUCCCCUAGAAUAUGGAAUAUAGAAGAAAAAGGUCUGUCUAUUGUACAUAUAUCAUCUCAUAUUGUAGCCAAAAAAGGGUAAAACAAGUGGGUGGUUGUAUCUCAGCUGAAAGAGGCAACUUGAUAACCUUUAUUGGGGCUGCAAAUGCUAUCGGAAAUCACAUUCCACCUAUGUUAAUAUUCCUGAGAGUAUUUUUCAAAGAAAGAAUGAUGGCUGAAGUUCCUCCAGGUUCUAUAGGUGGAGCAACACCUAAUAGGUGGUCGAACGAGCAGCUAUUCUCAAAUUUCAUUAUAUAGCUCACGCCAAACCUGCACGGGAAGAACGCAUACUUUUGCUUCUAAAUAAAAAUGAGUCAUACCUCUCUGUUGAUGUUAUUGCAAAAGCAUCAAAGGGAAUAGUUACGAUUACCUUAUCUCCGCAUACCUCGAACAAGCUGCAGCCUUUGGAUGUAUCAGUUUUUAGUCCUUCACAGAUUUUUUACAACCAAAUAAUUUUUUUGUUGCCUGGUUCAACACUCUUCCCUACAAUCUGUAAUGAUGUCGUUGGCCGUUAAACUCUUAUUAUUUAGUAGAGUGCUAGAGCAUUUGGGAUGAAUCGGAAUGCAUUUUAUAAAUUAAGUGAAGGUAGUAUAUUUGAAAAUAAAAUUAUUUCAUUUUUAUUCAUUUUGGUAUAUUAAAUAUGAGUAUCCAAAUUAGAAAAUAAUAAAGUGGGUGAAUCAAUUUUUAUAAUCAGUAUUUUGUGGAUUCGAUUUUACAACAAUUUAUAUCUAUACAUUGAAAGAAAUAAAAAAAUAUGUGGUAUAUCAAAAUUUAAUGCAUGUUCGUUAUGUUGCAAGUUGUUUGUUGUUAGUUUAGUUUAAGUUUUCACUACACUGAAUUUAUAUUUAAGUCUAGAAGUUUUUGUAAAAUAGCUGAGAACGAUUUAAACUUCAAUUUCCCCAAUAAAUUGAUGAACGUUAUUUUAAAUUUUUCAAGUUGGUAAUUUUUAUUUUGUCAGCCAAAAUAUGGAAACAGUUUUAAUUAAAAAAAUACACAAUAAAUAUAUAGUACGACAACCACCAGCACAUGAUGAUUUUCAUUUGAUUUUGUGGAACUGUUAUUAUUUCACUGAUUAAGUUUUUGUUAAGCCUUGAGAACAUAGUAGAAAACAGUGCCAACUUGUUUAUUGCAAUGCAAUUUUAGAAAGAUCGUAAAAUGUGCAUUUUGUUAAUCUAGUCAAUUAAAAUUUUGCGAAACUUUCAUUUAUUAGAUGUAGUUUUACUGAAAUAAAUAUUAUUUUUAUUCAAAUACAUGUCCGCUCGGUUUAUAUAAUCUGUUUUCAAGCCAAAAAUUCGAUAAAAAUAAAAUUUCCACACAUAUUGAAUUUUUAAGACAAUUAUGUUGCUAUCUGAAGAUUAAAAAUUUUCAAAAUUAUAGCCAUAAUUUGCACAAAAUUAUGAUUUCUAUAAAGUGACCCAGUACUACUUACAUUAAUUUGUGGAUUUGAUAGUACUUCCAAAAAUAAGAGUAUUCCUUUAUGUGUACAUCUUUUUCUAAAACUAUAUUAAAGACACAUAACCCUUUGAAAGGUGCAAUAUCGUUGGAUUAAUUCGCAAUCUCAAAAGCAGCAAAUUUUACAAUAGGCACCAAAAAUCUAAUGAUCAAAAAAGAGGGAACUUCGAAGGGUAUUUUUGGGUAGGAUAAGGGGAAAUUUUUUUUCUAUAGGAAGGUUUGUUGGAGUUGGCCCUGACAUAGGAGCCAUUUGCAUUUCUCGUACUUGCACGGACGCGUUUUUCGUUCUGGCAGACUUUUGGUGAUGGAAUUUCUUUCUGGCAUUAAAUAUUAUGACUUAUUAAUCUAUUUUAUUUAUUCUGUUAAAAUUUCAAGAAUGAUGAAAUGACAAAAUUGGAUUUUUUUAUAAAUAUUUAUAAUGUUCUGUCAACAAUUAGGAUGUAAAUGUUCUGGCAAAAAUUUUAUGAAGUAACAAUACUGUCGAAAGUAAUUUCCUAGAAUUUUAUGACUUAUAGUUUAACAAAAAUAAAUCUUAUUUCUGACCCUCUUUAAAAAUUUAAGGUAGUUCACCCCGGCCACAUAGGACUGCCAGAAGUGGCUUUUCAGCAUCUGUAGGUAUUAAGUGUGAAAAGUUUCAUGACUUUUGAAAUGACCAGCUAAAAUUGGUCACUGGCUCUUGUUCUAUAUAAUAGAAACCCAAUUACAGUAAGAUGAAUACAUUAACUGUUUUCUAAAUUUAAUUUUUAUAUUCUCAUGUGUGGUUGAACUACAAAAAUUAGUGAAUGUGAGAGAAACUAUACAUCUUAUUUUAAUUAUGAUUUGAUUUAUUUAAACUAUUUUAUCUUAAGCUGAAAAUUAAUCUAAAUCACUAAAUUAAAAUUAGGCUUUAUAUUAAGUAAUUUGUUCAAAAAUUUAAAAACUAUUUGUUUGCAAUAACUUAUAGUCCAGUCAAAUUAGACAAAAAAAUAAGAGUGGAGAUACAUAAAAUGACAACAAGCUGAUAAUAAGUGAAAUUGUUCAGAAUAUAAUUAUGGAUAAAAUUUUUAAAUUUCCUGUCAUUUUAAUGUAUGGCAAAAAAUUAGAUUUUUAGCAAAACGGUAAGUUGUAUCAUAAAAAUACUUCAGACAAAAAUUGUAGAUCAUAAAAUUAUCUAUAAAGAAUCUAUCAAUACUUUUUUCCUACAAGUCACAAUAUUACGAUUGAAAAAAUUGUAAAAGUAAUCGUCAUAAUAUGCAUGAGAACGCCGCGUAUGUACAUCUUAGAUCAGAUAUAUUAAAAUAUUUUGUGUGGCUUGGUUACCGGCUAGAUCCUACAGAGUGGAGUUGGAAGUUUAUCAACAAUACAUUAGAACCAGUUCAAACUUUACUCCUGUCGGAAAAACUGCUGAACGCAAUUUUUUGCAACUUCAAAAAGGUAUGCAGCGCUAAAUGUGGUUGCAAAAAGUGGGACUAUUUUGUCCUCUGACAUGUACAAAACGUCAAGGCAAGUUGUACUCUAAUGCUGGAUCACCAACAGUGAAUAAUUCGUUUGAUACCAACGAGAUGACAUGCGAUACAUCGCAAUUGAUGCAUUUUACUUGAACUCAGAAUGAAUAAAAAGAAGAAAGGAAGAACAAGAAGAAGACGAACCAAAAUAAUUUGAAAGUUAUGAAUUGUCGAUAUCACCUCUUCAUUGUUGAAAAAUCUUUGACCACCGCGCCAUUUUUUCAAUUUUGGAAAUAGAAAAGAAUCCGAGGGAGCUAAAUAUGGCGAAUACGGUGCAUGAGGUAGCAAUUCAGACUUUAAUUUUCUUAAUGAAACACUUUCUUCUUCACCAUAUGCGGCCAUUUUUGCUUGAUUUGUACGCUCAAACGUUACAAUGAAUUCGUAUAAUACUCGCCGUUGAUGGUUUUACGUUUUUCAAGUGAAAAUUAUCCCACGCGCUUCCCAAAAAACGACGCCAUGGUCUUGAUGGAACGGUCUUUGCCUUCUUUCGAGCUGGUUCUCUUUUUUCAGUCCAUUGUUUUUAUUGCUCUUUUGUCUCAUGGGUGAAAGGAUGGACCCUCGUUCCAUCCAUUGUUAUGGAACGACGCUAAAAUUCGGCUUCAUUUCUGUAAAACAUUGCCAUUUACUUGAUGGAAGCAUCUUCACGACGCUGCUUUUAUUCUAUUGUGAGCAGACGCGGCACACAUCGUGUGCACAGCUUUCUUAUGCCCAAAUUUUCAUUUAAUAUGCAAUGUACAGCUACAUAAUAUUUCACUGUUGAAAACCAAGGAGCAGUUUCGCCUAGAGAAUCUAGGUAAGAUUUUAUAUUGGUUGGGCUUAUGACUUUCAAAUAAAAGUAUUGUAUCAUAAAACGAUGACCAAUUUUUUCCAUGUUUACAAAUUCACUAAAAACGUUCACUAUUGAUGGCUGCCAAACAAAUACUGAACAACGUGGCGUCUUCAAACUUAAACCAUAUGCUGUAUGGAUUGGUAAUUUUCAAGCAACUACCGCCAUCUCUAGGUCAGACCAGGUACUUCUGGGACCAUUCUUAUAUUAAUUAAAAAAGAUUUCGCGUUUCACGCCACCUACCAUUGAAUAAUUACCCUGUAUAUAAUUUUUACGUAACAAAGACAGUAGUUAUUUAUUUUACUAAAAUUGUUUGCAUGGUGCAUACACAAGAUGAAAAGUAAUUUAUACGUCAGUAUAUUUAUUAAUAUCUAUUCCAAUUUCUUUUUACCGAAUCUCUUAUAUAGUCGAAUCAAUAAUUUUUAUAUUAUUUACUUAAUAUUCAAUGUCCAUCGAUUUUAUCUUUGAACUUUUUUCCAAUUAUAUUUUAAUAAAAUUGUUUCAGUAAAAUUACAUAUUAUUUUUGAUUCGCAGUUGCGGUACUUUAAUAUUUAUUAAAAGUGUCCUACUUUAGGUAUUUAGUAGUCCUAAGAUAUAUUGUGAUAAUUACUUAUUAAUGUUAAUUUGUUAGUAAUCUUAUACAAGCAUUUUCUUUUCAUGUUUUUAUCUUGAAAUAAACAUUUAUAACAAA